CCAUUAAGCCAGCUUUACCAAGAGAUUGCCAACUCCUACUCUACAAACAAUCCAUCAGAUGUGAGCAGUGUUCUAGAAAAGCAUUCUGAUCAGCUAAAUAGAGAUCAGAAUAUGGGACUUGGCAAGCAGGUUGUGUCAUCACUUUAUCGAAAGAACAUCCAGCGACUCACAAAAACCUUCCUCACAUUAUCUCUGAGUGAUAUUGCCAGGAGAGUUCACCUACACACAUCACAAGAGGCUGAACAGUAUGUCAGAAAUAUGAUUGAGGAUGGUGAGAUUCAUGCGACAAUCAGCAAACAGAAUGGAAUGGUUCAUUUCCAUGACAACCCAGAGAAAUAUGACAAUCCUGCAGUACUAAGGCAUGUUGAGCAACAGAUGCAACAUUGUAUCAGUCUAGAUGAGAAGUUAAAAAGUAUGGAUCAAGAGAUAGCCGUUAAUCCACAAUAUGUACAAAAGAGCAUGGGAGUACGAGAAGACGAUGAAGUGGGCGGAGUCUUUGGAGCGAAAUAGGACUGACUGUAUAGCUGAAUGUACAUACUCAUUGUUGAUUUGUUAACUGUAGGAAACAGGGGAGAGGGAACGGCAAAUUAUAUUUAUGUAUACUCUGUAUAAAAACACAUUUCUCUUCAAACAUGUCAUAAUGCAAGCCUGCUUGCUAUUGUUUCAUAUUGUACCGUUUGAAUUUGUCAAAAUACAUGUAUACAUAUGAACUUAUCAAGUGAUGCAAGAUUUCAUGGUACAGAGUACAAAUAUGCAUUCAUAAGACAUUGUAAAGACCUUUUCACAUUAGUUCAUGUAUUUGCUUAAUAUAUUGCUUGAUAUACUGAUCUGGGUGACUUGCCAGCCAUGCAAGAUGGCAUCCAUGUUUGUGAAAUUACUUUGUAUCAUGAUGAAACGGGGAUAAUGCUACAUUUAGGGGGUGUUUCUCUUUAAAUAUUAUUCAAACAAGAUGCAACAAACUUCAGUAA